UUUUUUAAUCUAAGGAAUUCAGCUGAAAAAAUCACAGAUAUUUUUUCUUUGAUUUGAAAUUAUUUAAUAAACAGAAACAAUUUACAAUAUCGAAAUGACAUACCAAACGUACAUCUAAUAUUUUAACAAUGAAUGUCAAAAAAAUUUAAUGUCUAUUUUUUAGUAUUUUAAUAAAAAUACUGUCUUUUAUCGUAAAAAAAUUGUAAACCAAUUUUUUACUCUAAAAGUAAAAAAAUACCUUUUUUUUAUCUUUACUGCCAACACUGAAAAUCUAUAGUACAUGUAACAUAAAUCACAAUAGUAGCAGGGUGCAUCAAAACGCAACUUACAUAAAAUUCUAAAUGAAGAAUACCGGAAAAAAUACCAUAUACUGACAUAAUCAGUUGUUAAUGAUUCUCGCAUUGAUUUAUACAUUUCACAAUCAGUGUAUCGCAAAUGCAAUAAGUUUAGGCGUGAUUAGCUCCGCGAAAUUGGAUUUUUUCUGACGCGUACGUAUGUUACACGUCCGGAGAAACGAAGCAAAGCGUCACCGCAUGUAUCUCGAGUUUUCCGAGAAACGUCCUGCCGUGUUUCGCGUUUAUUUACCUCGUGCGCAAAAAAAUGGUUCGGUAGUGUCGUGAAAGGAGAGACGGACGAGUGUCGAAAAAAAAAUUAAGUAACUCGCGCGAUCGCAAUCAGCUGCGGUGUUUCCGAGCGUGUUGCGCGAAGCAACAAGCAAUCGCUAUGUUGCACGUGAUUGUUUAUUCGUGUGCAGUGAAUGGUGAAUCGCAACGAGUGCACUGAAUCAUAGUGAGUGCAGGGAGCAUGGAGAGUGCCGAAACGACGGGUGAUUAUCAUGUUAAUUCACGACUUCUGCCAACGAGCGUUCGAAAUAAUGCAGCAGACGGAGGGAAAGCGACAGCGAUGCUUCGACCGAGCGGAAAACAGUGCAAUUAGAAGCAACGGAUGUAGCUUUGCCGUGGUGCCCGAAGUCUGCACGUUUUACGAAUUCCCUCUGCCAAUGGAGAAUCGUCUGUUGCACUAUAAUUUGCAAGAAGUUGUGGCUGUCAAGCCGUGGGUUAUAAUUUUGUACGAUUGUAUCUUUUCCGCAUUAUUCUUUCGUCGUGAUAUAAUGAAGUGCGCGUCGCGUGCAAUUAACGUCGAGAAUGCCGUACAGAGUGUCGCGCGAUCAUAAUUAACCACUUUUUCGUGAGUGUAGUGUGAGUGCAACGAAAGAAUCAAGAGAAACAGGAGGAGCAGGCGGAGGAGAAGAAGGAGGCCUGGGAGGCAUCGGACGACGACGGAUCUGCCAUAGGGUGAGUUCAUAAUUUAUUUAUCAUUUGCUACUGGCGAAAGUAAUCGUUUAUUCACACGAUGGUUUAUACGUACAAAAGUUCCAACAUUUAAGAUUGAUAAAACAAUCGUUUAAAUUAUUGUUAUGAAAAUUUAAGGAGAAAAUCAAGUAUAUGCAGUACGCGCGCAAAAAAAAAAUGAUCGACUGAUUCUAUUGAGAGCUUAUAUUUUUCGUUCUAGUUUCUAGAUGUCGCGGGUUGUCUAUCUCACACGUAUUUAAUAAAUCAGAUAAAAGUAAAAAUGUACAUAUCAAACUUUCAUUCAAUUACUCUUAUAAAAAUAUGAUUAGAUUGAACUAUUUUAUAGAAAUUCUAUUGAGAGCUAAAAUAACAUAGAUAAUUUAUUAUUCACUUUUGCUAAAUCGAACACGUACAUUUAAUCAGAGAAUUACACACGAUAUAUGUAACAGAUGCAUAUUGUUUCUAUAUUAUUGCAUCACAAAUUUUUUGAAGUUUGCGAUUGUUCUAACUCUUGGAAAUUCAAUUUUCGAAUACCGUCUUAAUUUAUUAUUGAAAAAAAAAAUUGAAAAAUUUUACUUAACAUUUUUACUUUUACGAUUUUUGGUAAAUCAGAUGGUUGUCGGAUAGACAAAUCAUUCAGUAUUAAUUAUGUCAGAAAAAGAUUAAUGAGGAAGCAUACGUACGGAAGGGUCGAGCUAGGAAAAACGCUGAGUCAGGGAAAGAUGAUAAUGCAGCACCAUUUUAUAUUAAAGUCACGUAUACGUUCUGCUCUCUUUUCUGAAGAUAUUAUAUGUACAACACGUUGAAUUUUAUAAACUUGUAUAAAUAUUGAUAAGCAGAAAGUUUUUGAUAAGCUUAAGAAAAUAAAGGUAGAAAUAAAAUCACAUAAAUUGCGAAACGUCAUUAAGAUAGCGUAUCACUACACAGAGAAAAAGAGUUAACUUGAUUAAAUUCUUCAAUUCAAUUAAAUUUUUUCAUUGGAAAUAUUUAUUCGAUUUAAAUACAUAAAAUAUUUGAAUUUCAGUUGAAACAUUUAUAUAUUUAACUUAAAUACAUAAAUACACUUGAACUGAAGAAAUGCGAUCAAGUUAAAAAGUGUAAUCAAGUUAAUAACUUUUUUUUCUCAGUGUUGCAUCAAA